UUCCCGUCGCUGCUUUGGGCGACUCGGGCGCACCGCGAAGGGACGACCCUCCGGCCGCGUUUGGGGGGCUCCUCCGAGGGAGGCUGCGUGCGGUAGGGUCUGGAGCUUUCCUCCAGCCGGCCGGGGAAAGAUAUGGGAACUGGAGGAGGUUCCCAACCUGCUACCCUUCCAGGCUGAUUUCCUGCGCAGAUCGCCACCGCUCGCGGCCAGCGACCCGCGCGGUUCCGUCUAAGAAAGGUUAGUUUGCGGAUUGCUGCCAGUUAGAUCAAUAGAGCGCGCCAGCAGAAAGAAAAGACUCGAAAUAGGAAAGCUCCGCGAAGACGGGAAAGGGAGGACAAACGGCGGCUGACAUCACGGGGGGCGGGUCGAAAGCCCUAAGAAAAGCCUUAGGAUCCGAGCCCCAGCGCUGCUCGCCACAGCCUCAUCAUGAACAGCCACAACCGCUCCGAGCUCCACGUCCUCUGCAGCUCUGGCCAGCUGCUCCUGCAGCCCCUCUGGGACCGCCUGAGGACCUGGGAGGCUCUCAUGCAGUCGCCCUUCUUUCCUGUCUUCUUCUCCAUCACCACCUACGUGGGCUUCUGCCUGCCCUUCGUGGUGCUGGACGUGCUGUGCCCCUGGGUGCCCGCGCUGCGGCGCUACAAGAUCCACCCGGACUUCUCGCCGUCGGCGCGGCAGCUGCUGCCUUGCCUCGGGCAGACGCUCUUCCAGCACGUGGUGUUCGUGUUCCCCAUGACGCUGCUGCACUGGGCUGUGAGCCCGGCCCUCCUGCCCGUCGAGGCCCCCGAGCUGUCCCAGCUGGUGUGCCACGUGGUGCUCUGCCUGCUGCUCUUCGACACCGAGUUCUUCGUGUGGCAUCUGCUGCAUCACAGGGUGCCCUGGCUGUACCGGACCUUCCACAAGAUGCACCAUCAGAAUUCGUCGCCGUUCGCGCUGGCCACACAGUACAUGAGCGUCGGGGAGCUCUUUUCCUUGGGUUUCUUUGACAUGGUGAACAUCUUGCUGCUGCGGUGCCACCCUCUCACCACCCUGACCUUCCACGUGGUCAACAUCUGGCUGUCGGUGGAGGACCACUCCGGCUACGACUUCCCCUGGUCCACGCACAGACUGGUACCUUUCGGGUGGUUUGGGGGCGUGGCGCACCACGACCUGCAUCACUCCCAGUUUAAUUGCAACUUCGCACCUUACUUCACACACUGGGACAAAAUACUGGGAACUCUGAGGUCUGCUCACGCCAAGUAAUGUGCACCGUACCCCUCCCGGCAGAGUGCGUGGUGGGUGCACCUCAGACCUGGGGCAUUUCACACUUGAAUCAGGACAGACACACUUGAGGUGGACUUGAGGUGGUUUUGUUUUGUUGUUUCUUUUUCCGAUGGGUAACUUAUUAUCUGCUAGAAAUUUGCAGAGAAAAUCUGAUGUAUUUUUCACAAUCUAAUACGGUAAUUUAUUGUAAUGUUUGUAUAUAAGCAGUUGUAUUCUUGAUGUGGAAUUCUAACUCACUUCAAUACCCUUGAUUUCUGGGUAUAAAAGAUCCAAAAUCACUGGCAUAUGUAAAUAAUCUCUAAAAAGAUUUGUUUGUAGAACAAGGUAUUUUACUAUGUUUGAAGGUGUCCUAGAACUAGGCUAAAAGAAUAUAUUUUUAUGGAGCAUCUGAUCUCUGACUGUAAAAAUGAAGCAUGGUCCUGCUGGACAGUGACUCAGAUUAUUGUACUUUUAAAAAAUAUUUUUGUAGACUUGUAUAUUUAUAUUGAAAUAAAUGUUAUUUGUGCUUGAAAAAGAGUCAAGCCCUAAACUCAACAA